CACCCGUUACGAGUCGAGCAUAUAGAUUACUAACCUACCUAAUUCUCUAGUUUCCCCAAGGAUCCCAUUUCUUUCGUAUCUGGAUACUCGGAUACUUGUUCCCUCUCGAGAUUUGAACAUAUUACUUCACAGUGCGAUCUCUAGGUAAUCAUGGGUUCCCAAUUCUCCGGACCAGAUCCCAAUCUAGCUCCGCUCCCACCGGAGGAUUUUAUUGUGAGUUUGCGGACGGGAAAAACCAGGCCUUUCGGGGGUGUCAAAGGUUUGAUGUCGGCGAUCAACAAGCAACCCCGGCAAGGCAAGAUUCGGCUUACAGCAGGCGGUCUCGAGGGUGACGAGCGCCAGUAUAUCAACCACAAUAGCCCAGAUAACGCCAUUCAUCAUUAUGAUCCCCGCCACUAUGAGGAAUGGAGGAAUAUCUUACCGGAACGUGCUCACAAGUUCAAAGUUGGAGCGUUCGGCGAGAAUAUAUCUUCCGCGCAUCUCUCGGAAGCCAAUAUAUGCAUCGGAGACAAGUUCCGGUUGGGACCAGACGCUAUUGUCCAGGUGACCAUGCUAAGGCAGCCCUGCUAUAAGCUGAACCACCGAUUUGAGUACAAGAAGAUGUCAAGACUCAUCCAGAGUACCGGAUUUACCGGAUGGUACUAUCGAGUUCUCCAGGGAGGUGAUGUCCAAGAAGGCGACCCGAUCGAACUGAUUGAACGUAUCAACCCACGAUGGUCUCUCUCAAGACUACACUAUAUUCUUUAUACGGACUCCAAUAAUAUGGAAGCGAUUGAGAAGAUUAGUAAACUGGAGGGGCUCAGCCUGGAAUUUGUUGAUUUAACCCAGAACAGACUUUCCAAAGGGAUCGAGAACAUGAAUCAACGUCUCCUAGGUAACUUUGCUGUGCCGUGGCACUUGUAUAAGUUGGUUGAAAAGACCAGGCUCACUCCGAGAGUGCAAAAGUUAGUAUUCGAGUCCGAGGAACCUAGCACGGACGUGGAAGAUUUGAAUUUCGGGCGCUUUCCUCAUGUGCGUCUCAGGUUCGGACCAGAUUCCAAGUUCACCAGAGCUUAUUCGGUAGUGUCGGGUGAUAUGAGAUCCUUUGAGCUGGGAAUCGCGAAAGAUGAUGAUUCAAGAGGUGGAUCGCUAUAUUUACACGAUAACUUGCAAAUUGGCGAUAUUCUGGAGGUAGCCAAGGGACACAAUGCAGCCAUUCCUAUACUAAGUAGCGACCAAGUCGAUACACCAACAAGGCACGUCUUUAUUUUCGGUGGCAUUGGCGUCACCGCCUUCAUUGGCGAGAUUAGGGCUCUCGAGAAGAAAUCUGCCGACUUCGAGAUUCACUACGCUGUCCGCAGCAAAAAGGAGGCCGCAUACCUUGAUCAUCUACCAGCCAGCAGGACUACUAUUUAUGCCAAGAGCGAUGGCAAACGGUUAGAUGUAGCUGCGCUCAUUCCAUCGCCAGACGAUUGCAGGGAUAGUUGCAAGACUUUAGUCUACUGCUGCGGCCCAUCGUCGCUGCUUACCGCUUGUCGUGACGCAACAACGAAGUUGGGCUAUCCCCGAUCCCAGACCCAUUUCGAGGACUUUGGCGGCGCUGGAACUGGCACUGGCGACCCAUUUGAAGCCGAGAUUAAAAAGACCGGGGAGGUUCUUCAGGUACCUCGAGAGAAAUCAUUAUUGGACAUCCUUAACGAAGCCGGUUUCGAGAUAGAAUCCUCGUGCCUCGUGGGAAAUUGUGGAACCUGCACAGUGGACGUCUGCAAAGGGAAGGUUGUUCAUCAAGGUAUAGCCCUCGAAGACGAGCAGAAGGAGAGCAGUAUGUUGGCCUGUGUGAGCCGUGGUAAGGGAAGGAUUGUGAUUGAUUGUUAAGAGGACCACGCCUGAAUUCUAGCAUGAACGUUCCCUGCUACCAUGAUACCAAUUAUUCGUCUUAUCUACACGACCAAUAUAACCGAUUUCUACAUUUCAAUCUAUCGAUGUGUGCUGUAUUGUUAGCCAAGCACAUGUCUUGCCACUAUUACUAUAGAGUUACUAUAUUGUCACUGCCGAAGAUUGUGGACUGCCGCGUUCUGGCCGGUUCGGAGUCCGGCAGUCUUAGGAUUACGGCUAAAGUGCCGAGAUCUAGUGCAGUAGAUCCCGGAGGAGUAAGAUCUGUUAGGAUAUCUUACGUUCGACAAUAUCCACCUUCAUAUAAGUAAGAUUACAC